AUGACUGUAGAUCAAGCUUGUGACUCAUACAAAAUUCCCAAGACAACUUUGCUCUACCAUGUACAAGGUAAAAGAGGUGUGAAGAGUGAAAGUUUUGGAAGACCAAUGAGUCUACCAUUACCGAUGGAAAAAGAACUUAUUGACGGCUUAGUGACAAUGGAAAAAUGGGGAUUUGGUUUAAGCAGAAGUGAAAUAAUUACUCUGGUUGGAGAUUUUGUAACAAUAAAUAAUAUAAAAACUCCAUUUAAGAAUGGAAUUCCCGGGGAAGAUUGGUUUUUCAAUUUUAAAAACCGACACAACUUAUCCAUUAAAUAA